AUGCACGCGAGGCACGCCGCAGUGCUCCUACUGGUGGCCCUGCUGGGCUGCCUGCUCAAGUGCGGGCAAAGCGUCAAGCGAAAGAGGGGAGUAUGCAGCAAGCGCAGGGGACUCCUCAGCAAAAGACUCAAAUACAUUAACAGCAAGCUCAUAAGCAGGAGGAAGGAAAACUACGUGAAGGCCAAAAUGACCGAAAAUAAAGUUAAAGGAAAGGAUAUCAUCUACGGAAACGAAUGUCGAAAUGAGUUGCUACGAGGCAUUCUAACCGUCUCAGAUGUAGUAAAACUGACAUUGGGUCCGAGAGGAAGAAACGUGCUUCUUGAAAAAGAGUAUGGAAGUCCAUUAAUAAUUAAUGAUGGAGUAACGAUUGCAAAAAAUAUAUCAUUAAAGGACAGGAAGAGAAAUAAUGGAGUGAAGUUAAUGCAGGAGAGUACCAACAUAUCCAAUGAUAAAGCAGGAGAUGGUACGAGCUCUACAGCCCUAAUGACAGCUACCAUCACAAGGAAGGGUAUUGAGCAAGUUAACAAGAAUCACAAUCCCAUUCCAAUACAAAAAGGAAUACAGCUAGCUUCCAAAAUGAUUAUCGAAAAAAUUAAGUCACUCUCCACUCCAAUUAAAACAUAUAAGGAUAUUUUAAAUAUCGCUACUAUUGCAAGUAAUAACGACACACAUAUGGGGAGCAUCAUUGCCAAUGCAUAUGACAAGCUGGGGAAAAACGCUGCCAUCAUUUUGGAUGAUAAUGCCGAUAUUAAUGACAAGCUAGAGUUCACAGAAGGAUACAAUUUUGACAGAGGAAUUAUUAAUCCCUACCUUCUCUACAAUGAAAAUAAAGACCACAUUGAAUACAAUAACGUUUCUACUCUCAUCACGGAUCAAAACAUCGACAAUAUUCAGUCCAUUUUACCCAUUUUGGAGAUCUUCGCGAAGAACAAGCAGCCGCUCUGCAUCAUCGCGGAUGACUUCAGCAACGAG